AAAACCUUUUAUUUUCAAUGUCCCAAAGACCACCUGUCCCAUAAAAUUAAGCUCCUCAACCAUAAUAAUAUCCAUCUGCUCCUUAAUAUGCUCCUUAAUAUGCUCCAUAAUAUGUUCCAUAAUAUGCUCCUUUACCAACAUAUCUUCCAUAGCAAUAUGCUCCUGCUCCUAUCGCACCACUAACAUACAGUGUUGCCAGACCUGUUGCUCCUCAACCAGUUGUUGCUCAACCAGUUGUUCAAGCUCCUGUUUUGUAAUAAUCAGUUAUUGCUCAACCAGUCGUUUAAUAAUCAGUCCAUGCAACAAUUAAAGGAGAAUCAAGAAUCGAAUAUAUUCCUUAUCAAAAGGCUGUUAUGGAAUACGAAGAAUAAGAAGUCGUUUAAUACGUUCCAAGAGAAAAGAAAAUCACAGAUUAUUAUGCAGUUGAAUACUAGACCGAAUAUAUCCCAUAAGUCUUCUAAGAAAAAUACACAGAGUACGUUCCAGUUGACAGAUAUUAAGAAAGAGUUGAAUACUACCCAGUUGAAAGAUAAGUUGUUCAUCAAUAAGUUGUUUAACAACCAGUUGUUCAAUAAGUAGUCUAACAACCAGUUGUCUAAUAAGUCGUUCCUCAACCAGUCGUUUAAUAAGUUGUUUAAUAACCUCUCAGUGUUGUUUAACCAGUCUAAACUGUCCCAGUGACAUAUGCACCAUAAUAUGCUGCCCCAAUCGUCUCAUCAAGAGUUAUUCCAUCAUACCCAUAAUAUCCAUCAUAUCCUUAAUACCAAUAGGCUCCCUAGUAAUAAGCCUAGCCAUAAUAACCCCCAAGAUCAAAUUUGAAUGUUCAUUGAAAUAUAAGUGUACAUCAAUCAAUUAUAUUGUUAUUAUCAAAUUUCAAA